AUGUACUUCCCCCGCUUACUCUUCAAACAAGUGAUGGUCAAGUCUUCUUUAAACCCGAGCACGCAGCAAGAGCACAUGUCUCUACCACGCCGACCGCAAAACAAAAGCAAAUUGGGCUGUCGAGAAUGCAAGGCAAAACGGGUCAAAUGUGACGAGGCCUAUCCGAUGUGCAAGCGGUGUCAGCGUCAAGGCCUUGUCUGUUCGUCAGCUCCACGGCUAACACGGUGGCAAGUCGAAACACCGUGGCUGUCACUGCAGCCUAAAACGCAUGUCCAUCCAAGACUACUACAGUAUUGGCUGGAGAAAGUCAGUCAAGCGUCCGUUAUAGAUCCCGAAGAUAAUCCGUUCUCUUUCCCUAUACUGGAACACGUUGCCCAAUCGCCCGCACUUCUCCAUGCUAUCCAGUCAGUCAGUGCCAGCCAUGAGCAGUUCUUCCCGGCCAAGAGUCCCAUUCUGGCCCUUGAGGAACGUGGCAAAGCCAUAGCUUGCCUUCGAAGAGAGAUAAAUCAGGUCCAGCGCGCUCCUUACACACACUUCCUGACCAUUAUACUGCUGGCGCUGACGCAUGUUGCUGAUUCCGACCCGAAGGAGUAUGGAAAGCAACAUUUAUUUGGUGCCCGCGCCUUGAUCAACAGUAUGCUCCGAGAUAUAUCUAUGUCGACAAGUAACGACCCUGUGGUUCGACUCUGUCUGGGAAUAUAUCUUUACUGGGACAUGUGCAGUUCAUUCUUAGUAGAUCCAUGUGAACCACAGUGUCUAAACUUAUUGAACAUGUCCCUCGCGGUGCACAGGAUGGGAGACUGGCACCAUCCAAUGUACGGAACAUGUAGCCGACUACUCCUUAUCAUAGCGAAUGUCGGACGAUAUUGCCGACAGAUACAUGAUAUGCCACAGAACCGCAACCCGACGCAAGAAGCCAUGUUGGAGGCUCAGCUUCGUGCCUGGAUGACGAGUCCCCCAAAUCCCGACCUGGGUCACUUGUAUGAAGCAUUCCGCAACCACGGGCUCGUUUUCCUCUAUCGAUCUCGUGCACAUGCACAGAGAGGUUGUCCUACGGAUCCGGAUGUGACUGAAGCACAAGAGACUUUGAUCCUACAGUACGCCGAAGAGACAGUCCACCAUCUGCUACUAAUUCCUGCAUCCUCGUACUCCCUUAAUUUUCAAUCUCUCCCUCUUCUCGCAGCCGGGUCCGAAUUGACCGAGUCGAAUCACUUCCUGCGCGAUGAAGUGCGUGACCGACUGCGAGCCAUCUAUUCUUUGAAUCGCCUUCCCGCAAAUUUAAUGGCCCUUCAACUCCUUGAAGAACUCUGGGAUGCCCGAGACAGUGGUAACCCCUCCUUCUGGCUAUCACACACGCUGCAGAAGGAUUGGCGAUUGCUCCUAACAUGA